AUGUUUCUCACCUGGAAACUAUCCCUAUUCCUGAUUGCUGACAAGGACCCACUGCCCACCACGGCCACUCCAGGUAACAUGUCCAACCUCACCGAGCAGCUCCUGGAUUUGAAUCUCAAUGGAACGGAGGGCCCAGAAAGAGCCUGCCUGUACCCGGAGUGGCUGAACGUCUUCAACGCCAUGCAAGCCCCAUUCCUCUGGAUCCUGUUCACGCUGGCCACGCUGGAGAACAUCUUCGUGCUCAGUAUCUACAUCUUGCAUAAGAGCAGCUGCACCGUGGCCGAGAUCUACCUGAGCAACCUGGCACUGGCCGAUCUCAUCCUGGGCCUCGGGCUGCCCUUCUGGGCUAUCACCAUCUCCCACCACUUCGACUGGCUCUUCGGUGAGGUACUGUGCCGCGUGGUGAACACCAUGCUCUACAUGAACCUUUACAGCAGCAUCUAUUUCCUGAUGCUGGUCAGCAUUGACCGCUACCUGGCGCUGGUGAAGACCAUGUCGUUGGGCCGCCUACGCCGGGUGCGCUGUGCCAAGAUCUACAGCCUGGUGGUGUGGACCUGCACACUGCUGCUGAGUUCGCCCAUGCUGGCCUUCCGCACCUUGAGGGAAUACCCUAACGAGGGCCACAACGUCACGGCCUGCAUCAUCCACUAUCCGUCGUGCACCUGGACUGUGUUCACCAAUGUGCUGCUCAACACCGUGGGCUUCCUACUGCCGCUGGGUGUCAUCAGCUUCUGCACGCUGCAAAUCCUGUGGGUGCUCCGUCACAACGAAAUGCAGAAAUUCCAGGAGAUGCAGACUGAGCGCAAGGCCACGCUGCUGGUCCUGGCUGUCCUGCUGCUCUUCGUGGUCUGCUGGCUGCCUUUCCAAGUCAGCACCUUCCUGGACACUCUGGUGCAGCUGAAAGUGCUGACGAGCUGCCAGGACUGGCUGCUGGUGGACAUCCUCACCCAGAUCUCCUCUUUCGUGGCCUACAGCAACAGCUGCCUCAACCCACUGGUCUAUGUACUCGUGGGCAAGCGCUUCCGCAAGAAGGUCGGGGAGGUAUUUUGGGCACUGUGCAGACGCGGGGGCUGUGUGGCCACCAGGCCCAUUCUCAAUGAGAGCUCCCUGGCCACCAUACGCACUUCCAUCUCCAUGGACCGUCAAGUGCAGAAGCUGCCUGAGUGGACAAGGACUAGGCAGUGA